AGCGUGCCGCUAGCACCAGCUGCCCGCGCGGGCAGCGAGAGAGAGGGCCGCCUCAGCGCCCGGAGAACUUGUUUGUGGAUUGGACGGCCCGAUGAAACGUCGUGCGCAAGCGUGUUUUCGUCACUCGACACAAGACGCCGCGGGCGCGCGCCAUGUUUGACACGCACACGCUACACGCCGUGAUAGACGGCGUGGUAGUGCUGCUCUUCCUGCUCGUGUUCCUGGUGGCUACUGUGGCCAACACGCUCAUCCUGGCCGUGCUGUACCGCCGGCCAAGACUGCGCUCCACUUCAAACAGACUGAUCUGCAGCCUGAGCGUCACGAAUCUGCUGUCGGUGUCGGUGCUCCUGCCGCUAGUCGUCAUCGACACGGCCAGCCCGCAGCUUCUGCACGAGAAUGUUUGCCGGCCGAUGGACGCCGUCGCCAUGUUCGUCAUCACUUCCUCCGUUAUCGCUACCGUCAUCAUCGCCGUCGACAAGUUCUGCGCCAUCGAGGAGCCGCUGCGCUACCACGCGCUGAUGACCGAGGAGGCGCGCGCCGCCAAGGUGUCCGUGCUGGUGGUGGUGCUCUUCGCGUGCUGCUACGUGCCGUUCUUCGCGAUCGAGCUGGUGCGCGUGUCCACCACGCAGCCGCUACCCUCCGUCUACACGCACGUUAGUCUCAUCUUCGUGGUGAGCAACGCGGCGCUGGCGCCGUUCCUCUACAGCCUGCGCGCGCGCGCGAUGCAGGCGGAGGUGCGCAAGAUGUUCGUACGCGGCGCGCGCGUGCACGGCUCGCACCGCGUGCGCGUGGCGCACGCGGAUUCGUCGCUGGACUCAGACCGGUCGGGCUCAUCGGGCACGACCGGCGUCACGGUCGUGUCCGUGGAGAGCUCGGAAGUGGACGACGGGCCCGUCCACCAGGUGUGA